ACCGCUCAUUGUUUUAUUUGCUUUCCUAUUAUUUUAACUAAAUACUACGUUACAUGGUGUCAGAACUAUUUAAAAACGUGUUAAAAAAAAAGAAACGAAGAAAUUCGUGAGAAAGUUGUAAAAUGACUACGAACGACGCAGUAUCUGGAAUAAAGCCGCCGGCCAACCUACAAAUUGACUCGGACAAAUCAACGUGUUGGAAAAACUGGUUACAACAGUUUGAGUGGUAUGCAAUUGCUGUUCAGCUAGAUAAAAAGCCAGCCGAUGUCCAGGCAGCAACAUUUAUGGCAGUAAUAGGCCCAGAAGCGAUCGAAAUAUACAAUAGUUUCAAUCUGAGCGAUGCAGAAAAAAAAAACCUGGCCGCCAUUAAAAACAGGUUCAAAGAGUAUUUUGCACCAAAAACAAAUAUAUCAUUCGAAAGAUAUAUAUUUUUUAAGAUUGAACAAAAUGAAGAUGAACAUUUUAACGAAUUUUUAACCCGAAUAAAAACUCAGGCAAUCAAAUGCGAAUUUGACAAUUUACUGGACGAAAUGUUAAAGGACAAAAUAGUUUUUGGUAUCCGAUCCAAUCAAGUCAGAGAGAAAUUGUUGACAGAGGAUAAAUUAGACUUAACCAAAGCUAUCAAUAUCUGUAAAACUAGUGAACAAGCGUCCAAACAAUUAGAUGAGUUUGAAAGCAAAAAUAAAACAGAUAAAGUACUAGUAGUCAAAAACAAGAGUGUCAAAAACAAAGAAAAUGAAAAUUUUGACUGCAAAAGGUGUGGUACAAAUCACAAACGCAGAGAAUGUCCAGCAUUUAACAAACCCUGUACCAAGUGCAACAAAAAUGGCCACUUUGCCAAAAUGUGCCGCACAAAGAACUAUAAUCCUAAAUUAAAAAAUAAAGUGAACACUGUAGAAGAAAUGUCAGAUUGUUCAGAAGACGAGGUAUAUAUAUCAGCUGUAAGUGGUGGAGAUAAGAAAGACUGGACAGAAACAAUACAAGUUGGUAAAAUAAAAUUUGAUGCCAAAUUAGACACAGGAGCACAAUGCAAUGUGUUACCGAGACACUUAAUGAACAAACUAAAGGCAAGUCUGAAACCAAGCCGAACAAAAAAUUUAAUAAGUUAUACAGAAGAUAAAAUGGCAGUUCUAGGCGAAGCAGAGUUACUUUGUAAAAUAAAAAAUGAAAAAAGAAACAUAAUAUUCAAGAUAGUUAAAGAAAAAGUUACACCAAUUCUAGGACUUGAUACAUGUGAAAAAUUAGAACUUAUUGCACGAGUGAAAACACUGAAGGAAAGUGAAUGUAAAAAUGAUAUCUUCGAAGGCUUAGGAUGUUAUAAAAACUUUGAAUACGAUAUUGACCUUAUUGAGAACCCAAGACUGGAAAUUAGACCGUCAAGAAGAAUUCCACAUGCUAUAAGAGACGAGCUAAUGGACUAGAAGCAGACCCAGAAAAAGUUGAAGCCAUACAAGCAAUGAAGACGCCAACAAAUAAAACGGAGCUACAGAGACUACUAGGAAUGAUCACAUACCUAAAUAAAUUCAUCCCG